AUUUGUCCUCUCUGGUACUUUGGCAACCGCUUGAAGAAAGACGGUGUGCUUCAUUGAAGAAAGAGGUGUUUUUUUUUGCACCGGCUCCCAGCGCUAUGCAGGCUUUUGUGGGACUCUUCCUCUUCUCUGUACUUCUCACCACAGGUGCCUCUUUGGAGUGUGAGACAUGCACUAAUGCAGGGAACAGCUGCAGUGGCGAGAAGCUACAAUGCACCGCCGGACUAGAUACCUGUCUCACCCUUGUGGCUGAAGCCACAACAGGCGGACAGACAGCUACCAGCAUUCUGAAGUCUUGCUAUUCCCAGGCUGUCUGUGACCAACUGAAACCUGGAGACGUAUUUCAAAUAACUGGAGCAUCAGCUAAGAUCAAAGAAGUCACCUGCAAGGCCCCUUCCCCCUCAGCAUCUCUCCUCCUGGCGCUCUCCGGACUUCUGCUGCUGAAAGUCGUUUUCUAGCCCACCUCCUGAAGACCUGACAGAACUUCGUAGCCUUUCCUCUGGAUCUGAUCCCUUGGCCUUUCAAAGAGAACAGGCCUCUAAUUAGUUUUAAUGAGUGAAACAAAUAAAAAUGGGUUCACAAGGAACUGAAA